AUGAGUGAAACAGUUCCAUUGACAGGAGCAAAAGACAACGAACCAACAAAUAUCAAAGAUGUACCAGCAAUAGAGAUGGAAGACGUACCACUCAUGGACAAUCGUGGGAUGCAUGGGAUGACUCAAUUAGAGUGGGGACUGUUUUGGGGGUUUAGUGUUGACUAUGAGUUCAAAUUUAGUGGAGUGAUGCAGCGAGUAAAGUACAACAUUGAUACCUUUAAGAUCAAUUACAUCGUAUUGUUCUUCAUCAUGUUUUUGUCAUCAUUUUUAGUGAGUGGUGUGUUAGGAGCGAUUCAUCUAUUAGUGUCACUAAUUUUCAUACUUGUCUUUUUAAACCACAAAAGUCCAGUCGCGUUUAUGUGCUUAAAAUUUUCGCCAUUUGUGAUACUUGCAAUUUACUUUACAAUAUAUUUUAUUUUCACUAUAUUGUCGGGAAAGUGGGCGAUGUGGGUUAUAUACACCAUUGAUCUGUUGGUAUGCAUAGGUCACAUGUUCUUAAAAACAAGCACUUUAGAGCUUGUCGAUGACUUGGAAUUUGACUUCAAUUAA